CAAGAAAAAGUAAGGCCUGGGAACGAGGCUAUAUCUGCUCUGCUCUGAUAGAUCUUGCCUUGCUUUAAUAUUGUGAUAAUGCCUUCCUACAAGCUGACUUACUUUCCUAUUCGUGGAAGGGCCGAGGUUUCAAGGUUAAUCUUCAAGCAAGCAGAAGUUGAUUUUGAAGAUGUACGCAUAGGAGGAGAGGACUGGGUAAAAUUCAAGCCAAACACACCCUAUGGCUCAAUGCCAGUACUGGAAGUUGAUGGCAAGAUGCUUGGUGGAAGUGGCAGCAUUCAACGAUACCUAGCAGAGAAGUUUGGUCUGGCUGGCUCAAAUGAUUUCGAGAAUGCUGAAAUUGACAGCAUUAUUGACGCUAUUGGAGACCUCGCUCAGGAGCUAAGGAAACUUAACUCUGAGAAAGAUGAGGCAAAGAAAGCUGAAAUGAAAACCGAAACUUUCCCAAAGUUUUUUGGGAUUUUUGAGAAACUUAUCUCGAACAACGCUUCUGGUUGGAUAUAUGGCUCUAAGGUUACGUAUGCUGAUUUUGCCUUGUACAAUGUCAUGGGAUGGGUGCAGACAGGAGCUGCUGAUAGUUUUCCAGCUAUUAAGAAAAAUAUGGAAGCCGUUGAAACGCUACCUAACAUUGCGAAAUGGCUGAAGGAACGACCCGAAUCUGAAUACUAGAUAUGAAAACAAUUAUGUAGUGAAGGACGUGAAGGACGUGAUGAUUAUUUUGUGUAUUUAAUAUAGUGCUCUGGUGCUUUGUGUUAGUACAAUACUCAAUAAUUAUCAAAAGCACAUAA